AAUGACAAGCCUUAUCUGUUUCCUCCAACUUGUUACAAUGUAACAUCCAGUUGAGCAGCGAAACUGAUACAAAUGCACGCGACACGGUCUGCUGUUGAUUCAAGCGUUUGCUUUUCACAAUGACCCCAGUGGAAGCAAUGGACUGCAACUAACAAAAUCCGUUUCCAGGCACGAGGACGAGUGUCGGCCAUGGCAGCAGGCGUCAGUUUGUUGAGUGACCUGCCCUACACCACCGGCAGCUCAGCUAACAGCAGAGAGUCCAACGCUGACAUGGAGCCAGUGAAUGUCAGAGUACCGACUGCAAAGUACACCAAGGUAGGCGAGACUUUGAGGCAUGUCAUCCCAGGACAUAUGCAGUGCUCCAUGGCGUGUGGUGGUCGAGCAUGCAAAUACGAAAACCCUUCUCGCUGGAGCGACAAAGAGCAAGCCAUCAAAGGAUUGUACUCCUCUUGGAUAACUGAUAACCUGUUGGCCAUGGCAAGACCUUCAACUGAAAUUAUUGAAAAAUUCAACAUCAUCGAACAGUUUCAUAUGUGUGGCUUAAAGACAGUAAUCAACCUGCAGCGUCCAGGGGAACACGCCAGCUGCGGCAGCGCUUUGGAGCCAGAGAGCAGUUUCACAUAUCGCCCAGAGGUUUUCAUGGAGGCAGGGAUUUAUUUUUACAACUUUGGCUGGAAAGACUAUGGCGUGGCAUCCUUGACUACUAUUCUUGACAUGGUGAAGGUGAUGUCAUUCGCCAUGCAAGAGGGCAAAAUGGCUGUCCACUGCCAUGCUGGACUCGGCAGAACAGGUGUCUUAAUAGCAUGCUUCUUAGUAUUCACAUCCCGGAUGAGUGCAGAUCAGGCCAUUUUGUUUGUUAGAGCUAAACGUCCAAAUUCCAUCCAGACUCGUGGUCAACUGUUGUGUGUGCGAGAGUUCGCCCAGUUCCUCGUGCCACUGCGGAGUGUAUUCUCGUGUGCCGAGCCCAAAGCUCACACAGUCACUAUGUCGCAGUACCUGACACGUCAGCGGCACCUACUACACGGCUAUGAAGCGCGACACAUGAAGAACAUGCCAAAGAUCAUACACCUGGUCUGCAGGCUCCUACUGGACAUAGCAGAGGACCGGCAAACGGUGGAAGAGGAGGUGUUGGACAUCCCAGACCUCACAGAGGAAGUGGAGAAGACUGUCUCGCUGCAAGCCCUUCAGCAGUUAGGGAAGGAGAUGAGGGGGAAAGGGAUUCCCAUAUCCUUACCUCGCUCUCCUGACCAACCCAGCUUGCUUCUUAAAGGACCGCAGUGUGAUCCACCUCAUGACCGGCCGCUCUGUAGCGACCAGGAGUUUGAUGUUCUCUGGAGAUGGCCGACGGUAGACAAUACCUACAAGUCUCAGCUCAUCUUAAGAAAAUGUCUUAGCUAUAGUGACUCAGCCUUGCACAAACUGGACCCAAGGGUGCAGGUACCACAAAGUCCCCAGAAUGCUCUUGGCAGCAAAUCUGGUUUAAACUUUACAGAACUUUAUUCGUUGCAGAACAGAUUAGCUAUACAGACCCCUGAACUUCCGUCGUCCCCAUUGACAUCUGAAAUCAACAACAGUCCUUUAACUGGUUCCUGUAGCUCCCUGGUACAAUCCAAAAAAGUUGAAGGCCAUGCAUCCUGCUCUCCUGUCUCCAUAAAACGGGUACCUCUGAAGGAGGCCAAGCGUAGCAUGUCCUACGGCUUUCUAGGGAAGACCAGUGACAGCAGGACAAUGUUCUCAACGUGUCAAGGCGGCAAAAGUCACCCGAGCCCUAAUGAAAACACAACCUCUGAUGCCACACAACAAUUCACAGAUGUUCCUAUUUUAAUGCUUCAAAGUGAACUCUCACCUGAGACUCGUCAUCUGUUUGUGGCCAAAGCUCUCACGAUGGACAUUGAUGGAGAGGAACUCAGCACAGUCUCAGUGUGGCAGACAGAGCUGAACUCCCGUGAAGGUGCAUGGGAGAGGUUGUGCACCGAAAGAGAUCCUGUUGUGCUCUCCACACUCAUGUGGUCUUGGCUAGAGCAACUGAAGGAGCCAAUCAUCACAAAAGAGGAUGUGGAGACUUUGGCUGGAAACCAAUUCAAUCCCCAAGAUGCUCUGAAUUCACUCGACAAGGGACAAAAACAAACCCUUCUGUGUAUUCUUGAUUGCGCUGCUCAUUUGCUAAAAAUACCAGAGGAGGUUGAGAAUGCCUUUUUUGAACGCACAAUCAAAGCAUUUACUUGGAUUUCCUCAGAUUCCGAGAAUGGGCGGGUAAUCUAUAAGACUCUGAAAGAUGUCAUGAUCCCUGUCCUCAGUGAUAUGAGGACAAAAGCAAUGGAAGAGCUUGAGCUGACCUGCCACUUUUCCCACGUACCCUGACACUGGAUGCGGAAUCUGAAAUCUGGAGUCUGCACUGUAAUUUUGAAGAAAAAAAGAAACAAACAAACAGGUUUAGUGGUUUUUUUCUGUUUUCAGUGGUGUCUUAGCCAUGGUUACUCAUCCAAAUAAUGUAUUUUAACAUCUUUUAUUUGUGAGAGAACAAUAAUUACUGCCAUACAUGUAUGUGCCACAAGUUUUUUUUAAGGCUAUUUUUCUAAUUUUGUUCCUUAAUAGUUUAUUUUUGGUACACAAUAUUUAUUAGCUAACUGAGGAAACUAUUUAUUAAUAAGUAUGUCAUGUAUUUAUUUUAUGCCUUUGUUUGGCUCUAACGAACUGAGGAUUCUCAUGAAAAUGUGUUUUGUCAUAUAAGAAUACUGUUUGAAUAGAUGGAUGAUGUCAAAUGUACCUCAUUAUUGACUAAACCAAAAUAAUAUCACUGUGCAACAUG